CUUCAGGCCACGGCCGCCGUCCCUUCACCACCCACCCCGCUCUUCACCCUUCCCUCCGCUCCGCUGCGCCUGUGUCGCUUGUCCGCUGACGUGUUGGGCGAACGGCGUUGUCUUCGGCGUGUGCAAGCUCGAGUGCGAUCUCGAAGGGAGCUACUCCGCGCGAUUAAGCUGGACCAGCUCUUCCAUCCGAGACACCUUCCUAGCACUCGACCACCGCCUUGACCACACCUCGACGUCGACAUUGCAUAGCACUUGCCCUUCACCAUCCGCGGCGCCGCCAUGUCGGCUGCCAUCAUCAAUGGCGGCGAUGCCGUAAAGGCGACCGCCAGCAAUACGGCUGGCGUCUCGAAACCGCAGCUCAAGGGUAACGUCGGCGGGAAGACGUUGGAUAGCACGCGAAAGCAAGCUGGAAGUCCCAUUGACGGGCAGAACAAAAAGAAGGCAUGGGACAACACAAAUGCUUCAAUCCGGAUGCCAAAUGGUGGUCAGAAGCCCUCCUCUCCCGCUCCAGUCCAGUCAUUGUCCAAUGCUGAAUUGCACCACCGGACAACGUUUCUUUACUCUCAGAUGUUGGGUCAGGACGUCGUGAUCACUACGACCUCAGGGGAGCGGCUCGCAGGAGUUUAUAGCGGCGCCGAGAGCUCCGGCCUCGACAAUCACACUCUCAAGAUGGCUAGGCGGACGAGGCAGGCUGCACACACCCAAGUCAAUGGCACUCCAAAUGCCGAAUUCACCGGCACAGGGCCUAAUCACGAGCUCAUCGUGGCUGGUGGGGACGUGGCUAGCAUUGAGUGUGCCAACAUCAAGCUUGCCACUGGUCCUGCCAGUCAGCAGAAUGGAUUCGCAACGGAUACUCAGAUAUCCGGUCAGAACUCACAGACCUUCCGCGAGCGCGAACUGAAACGAUGGGAAGCCCCGUCUGCCACCGAUGUGGACUUAUCCUUGGGCAAGUCCAGUGUCGGCGAGUGGGAUCAGUUCGAGGCCAACCAGAAGAAGUUUGGCGUUCAGAGCACCUACGACGAGUUGAUUUAUACCACCCGAAUCGACGAGAGCAGACCCGAUCACGCACAACAAUUGCGGAACGCUGACCGCAUAGCUGCCGAAAUUGAAUCUGGGCAACGCGGCAGAGAGAUCCCACCUAAGGAUGAUGGAGGCGACGAGGAAGAUAAAUACUCGAGUGUGAAAAGAGACCUGCCUAGGCGUACGGCUGGCGCGUACGUCCCCCCUAGCCAGAGACCAAUAUCUGGAGUCCCGACUGUCUCCGGUGCGCCUUUUGAUCCUGCUAUUAUUUCCAGUGAAAUCAAGGUCAAAUCCCCAGCUGGCACAUCCGCUGUUCCGCCACCAGCUGCGGCACCCGUUGCGCCAGUGUCACAAACGCCAUCGACAAAUGCACCUGCCGAAGUCGCAGCUCCCACGAACCAGGCGGAAAACCCCAUCCGAGCCACUUCUGAUGCGUUCAAACAGUUUGCCAACACUGAAAAGCUGCGCAUCAGACAAGCACAGGAGGCGCAGCGCAACAACAAGAGACAGGAGAAGAAUGUGAAGCUCAAUGAUCUCAAGAAAUUCGCUGCCAAUUUCAAGCUGAAGAGCCGAGUUCCUGACGAUCUGGUUCCAAUUCUAGCCAAGGACCGUGACAAGCAGGUCGAGAUCCAGACCAAGGCCGAGCAGGCGGCUAAAGAAGCUGAAUUGAGAUCGAAGGACAGAGAUGCAGACAAAGCAUCUAGCGUCGCGUCGUCUGGCCUCCCAUCGACCAUGCUACAGACAAUUUCUUCGCCUUCCACGCAGCAGCCACCGUUCAACAUACAAGCGCAGCGCAAGGGCGGGCAACAGCAGCUUCAUGGACCACAGCCCGGGCAAGGUGCCUCGCCGCGAGGACCGCCGAAUGGGCAAUAUCAAAACCGGCAAUGGCCUCGUCCACAGCCACUACCGCCUAAUCUGCGCAUGCCCAGCGGACCACAGGCUCCAACAACCGAGACGCCGCUCAGCCCAGCUUCAACUACAAGCAGUCGGGCGCUGAAUGUCAAAGCGCAGGAAUUUGUGUUUCGACCGGCUGCACAUACGUUUGCGCCUUCGGGGCCAUCACCGAGCCGGCAGCACACAACCAGUGGCGUUGGUCCGACGUCCACGCCAUCUAGCCAGCCUGUGCCAUCAUUCUUUGACAGCAAGAAGACUCGUGAGACUGUUCCAUUGAACACAUUCAACGAUGGAAUCACGUUCCUAGUCUCGAACGACUACACAGAAGAGCAAAAGAAGAAGUUCGUAUUCAACGGAGGAAUACCGCAGUCGUACUGUACCCAACCCACAUGGAACACCACCGAAGCCAACGCCAACGUGACACACGAGGCCGCAUUCCCUCGUCUUCAGCCCGCAAGCCAGGGCCCGUCGCCGAUGCAGACGCCACUCCCACAUCAGAUGCCGCACCAGCUUCCACAGCACGUGAUGCCCGUUCAGGCCAUGCCGGCGCCUAACCAUCGCCAGCCGUUUUACCCUCCUCAAGGUGGCCACAUGCCUGGCUACCCUGGUCCUAAUAUGCACGGGCAAUUCCAGCAGCAUAACAGCGCUCAGAAUUCGCCUCGCAUGCAACACAUGGGCUCUUUCAAUGGCCAGGUACCACCAAUGCCACCAUUCCACAAUCAAGGCGUACCAGGCUACGGAAGUCCGAACCCAGCGUUCAGACAGCCCAUGCAACCAGGCAUGCCCCAUCCGCAAGGUCAGAUGAUGCGCGGUCCCCCACACCAAGGGUUUCCUCCUCAGUAUCCUCCGCCACCGAUGGGUGGGCACAUGAUGAUGCCAAAUCCAUCAGCAGGAGGGUACAAUGGCGGACCAGCGCCCGGCUACUCGCCAAUGCCACACCCAGCACAACCGCAGAUGCAGUUCCCGCCACACCACAAUCAAGGUCAGUUUGGUGGUGGCAGCCCACGCGGAUAUCCCAUGUCGCAGCAAGGGUCGCAGCAAGGAUAUAACAUGCCCGGUCCCCAUCCAAUGCACUUCCAACGUGCCAUGUCUGGCGGCUAUCCUCCUCAUAUGACGCCUCGGCAGCAAGCAGCAAUGCCGCACCACGGGAGCCCCGGAAUGGGACCAGUGCAGGAUGAAGGCAAAUGAGACGCCACUGCCACCAUCCCACCUGAAUAUUGAUUGAGAGCACCGCUCGUUGCUGCUCCUGUCUGGUCGUGGCAACCCGGGCUCGAGGUGGCUCAGCAGGAGCAAAUAAAAAUGAGGAACGAGACACAACACAGACUGAAGGCUGCUCAUCACACGCGUUUUGUCGAGAAUUCGACCAUUAUGUUGGUCGGGCAAAGGCGUCAUAGUUGGAGCCGCUGAAAAGCAAAUAGAUUGGUUGCGAAGCUGGACCCGGAUUCAUGCUCUCGCAAUGAGCAUACAGAGCACAGACACUGCCCUCGAAGCAAGUAGCACAGCAUUCAGCGAUGAUCCAGCACAGAGUUAAGUGGUCAGAGGCUGCUGAAGGCUCAUCAAAAUUAUUACAAAGGGUUUUGUCAACCAAACCGGCCUUGGGCUGGCGCGACUGGUAGGAGGUAGUGAGUAGGAUGUUCAGCGGGAGUGUAUGGGCACAGCGAGGAGGGGGCGGCAAGGAUGGCGGAGCGCGCGUGAUUGGUGGCUCCUGCUCGCAGUAGCCCGGAUUUUGGGAAGUGCACAGAAUGACAGACAUGGCACGCAAUGAAGAUUGCGUGAGGAAGGGGAGACAGGGGAGAGGGGGGUGAGAGGGAGAUGGAGAGAGAAAUGAUGUAGAAGCAAAUUGCAUGAGGAAGAAGAAGCAGCUCGGUCUAGUGUGUGAAUGGCCAACGUCUGGAUGUAUGUUGCAGUAGAUGCAGCGAAGUCUAGGUACAUGUAGCGAAAAACUUCUCAUCAACUUGGAACAUGUCACAUUUUUGAGAACGAUCCAUGUAUCCGAGCAUUCCUCGGUUUCUGGUCGAGGCGGCAGUAAUUUGGUGUCAAAACAGGCAGAUGGAAGUGACAAUUCCAUUUCUAGCUUGUCGGUACAUAACACUCUCGCUCGCUCGCUCGCUCCCAUCCUUCCUCCCCGCGCCUCGUGUUGUUGAUAGAAGAGGGUCGAGGGAGGGGGGGUGGGGGAGAGAGAAGAAAGAGAGAGAGAGCGAUGGAGACUCUGUGAUUCCCCAAACGCCAUGCUUGCUUGCUCGCUCCCAUCGCACCAUGCAUGCACUCCGUAUCCAUAUGCUGUAUCAAUCCGAGCCACCGCCGUCGCCAUUGUCGUCGUCGUCGUCAUUGUCGUGUUCCCUGUGAUCAGUGGACUGCCAUCACGACCAUAAGUGGAGAGCAUAAAAGGCCACCAAGAACAGCAAGCAGCAACACAAUAGGUGCCAACCUGUAGCCGAAGCAGCAUCCUACACAGCAACCCACAUGACACAGACAACAAUAUCCAUCCCUUUGCCCUCUCCUCCCUCGUACUUGUACGACCACAUUCCGUCUUUCUCAUUGUUCCAGAAGGCUCCACUGGCAGAGUGCAUGCCCCGUCUACCGACCUUCUUGCUCCCUGGCUCGGCUCCUGCCGGAUCAGACAAGUGCUGGACGAUGGUAGUGUUGACGAUGAACUUGUACUGGGGCGGUUGGCCUUUUUCCUCGGGAGACUGGGAUUCGGAGAUGAGUUGUUGGAGGACGUUGCCGAUGAUGGCGUUGUUCCAUUGUUGGGUCUGGGAGUGUUCGUAGGAGGUGGUGCUGCUGAUGGUGGAGGAACAGGCGUCGGAGCAGAUUUGCUUCAGACGCGCGGUGGGGAUGGGGCAGUUGGAGGCCAUUGCAGGGUAACCUCUCGCGGUGUGGUGAAUGGUAAUGGUCGGGCGGCGGAGAAGGGUCGAGACGAGUCGCGUGUUGGUCGGGUGGUCGGUCUAGUCUGGAGUGGCCUAGUGUGUGGAGUUUGGUGCAAGAAGAUGGAUGUGGAUGGCUGUAGUCGAUGCGAUGGAUUCGAGGCGGGAGUGACGUGGAGAGCGGGAGACAGUCGAGAGAGAGAGAGAGUGGAUAGUACUAGAGAGAGAGACUAGAGAGAGAGAGAGGGCAGUCGUUCAAUCCCUGCUGGGUCCCUGCACCUGCCUGCCUGCCCUGUAAGUGUCCUGGCUCCUGCCGUGUCGCGCUUUGAUGGGAA